AUGGCCACAGACAGCCCUGGUGCCUGGGCAUUGUGGUUCCUGAUGCUGGGUCUCUAUACAUUCGUUACAAUUGCGCUCCGUGGGAAACCCACUGUAGCAUUUCGGUUCAGUGAAAACGGCAAAGAGACCAUAGUAUAUGUCUACAAUGAUGAACACUGGCUCGUUUGCGCUGUCGUUGAUGACCUUGUCGCACGGAAGACAAAAGUAGAGGACCUAGAGGCUCAGAACGAACAGCCCGGCGUAUUGAAUGACAACCUUGAGGGCACAUUUCAAGCCUGA